GUGCUACUGCUACGCUUCUACUCUGCUCGUCGUCGUCGUCGGCAGUACUUGACAAAAAAAAAAUAAUAUAAUAAAAGUAACGAUAUACACGUAGUAGCACGUCGAAAUUUAAAAAAAAUAAAAAACAAAAAACACGGUUGAUGGAGUAAAGAAAGUUACCCAAAACCAAAAACGCACGAAAAAGGUGUAGGGAGGAGACGGGGGCAUUGGGUGGAGGUGGUGCGCACAUCCUCGGCAGCCCGAUGCUGUUCGUCCCGUUCACGGUACCCACCUUCCCAGCGACGCAUCAUCAGUCGACUCAUCCUGCGCAUCAGUCGCAUCAUCAACAGCUGCAGGCCAACACCCAGAAUCCGGUGCAGCAGCCGCAGCAGCUCACCCAGUUGAAUCAGCUGAGCCAUCUGAAUCAUCAGGGCAUCGUGCCGGCGACGACCAAUCAGCCGACUAUACACAGCACCAGCUGUUCGCCGCAGCAACAAGCAACGACACCGAAUAAGGUAAGAUAGCCAAUUUUUACGAGGCGUAGUACUGUUCGUUACAAAAUUGAUGCUGCGUAAAGCCAUGUGAGCAGAAACUUUAUUACAUAUUCGAAUUCACGAAUUACGAACUCUACAAACUGCAUGCCGUAUUAUGCGUUUAUUUAGCUCCGAAGCUCUGUUUAAUAUCACGUUAAGAAUAUAAUUAUUACAAGCCUUUUCCAAAAAAAAAAAAAUUUUCUCGUCCUUUUUUCCGCAUUAACCAAAACUUUGAUAUUAAGCACUUGAAUAUUCAUGGCGCGGCUUUUAUUACAUGAAUAACAUUACCUUUCUUCACUCCGCAGCGCGAAGCAUUAGGGACGUAAAUCACGGCUCGAGUUCAUACAUUUUACAUGAUUUUAGUUUAUAACGCGCAGUUAGCGUGGAUCAUUAAUUUCAAUAAUCCUUCGGAUAUUGCUCGCACGUAGACGCAACUAUAAAUGUAACUUUUCGUUGUCGAAAUCGUUAUCGUACCGAUAUUAGCUUCCAUAUGUAUAAUACUCUUACACACAUAUGUCCAAAAUAUA